AUGGCCCGCUUCGCGACCUCCGUCGUCGCGCGCCCCGUCAACGCUGCCGCCUCGUCCUCCCGUUUGCCAUCAACUGCCGCAUCGAGGAUACCGCCCCCUCACACGCGCCAGAUCGCACAGCCGACGGCGCCCAGGAGAGCGAUGCUGGCAGCACCGCCGCCCCCACUCUCAACGCCGACGCCUGUGACGCUGCCCAACAUCCUCUCGCAUUCGGACGUAUUCGGCCCCACGAUCGCACGCAAUGAGGAGCUGGCUCUGACUCGCGAGUGCAAGGACCGCGUUGGCGACGCCCUCAAGAGCGGCCGCGACCCGCUGGACGCCGGGAGCAUAUACCCGACCGAAGAUGCCGCGCUCGGGAGCUACUACCUCUUCUACUCUGGUGUGCGCCAGAACCUGCCAGAGAUCAAGCCCCUGGAGGACGUGCUCCCAAUCACCGACCCGGCACCCCGCACUCGUGUCGUGGAUAUUCCUGGCCAGGGCAAAGGCGUUCUGGCCUCUCGCUCUUUCCAGACCGGCGAGCUCGUCAUCGCCGAGCGCCCGUUGCUCGUCCAGCCCGCAGUCGACAUGUCUCUCAACCUCUCAGCCCGUAACGGCGGUUCUCAAACCGUCAACAUGCGUAACUGGUGCCUCUCGCAGCUCAUCCGCGAGAAGGUCCGCCCUCAGGACCGCGCGGCCAUGCAGUCCUUGCACAACGCGCACAGCUCAGACCCUGCGGACUUCGCCGGCAUCUUCAACACCAACGCAUUGACCAUCCCUCGGCUGCCGGGACACAACGCCCCGUACGGCGCGCUGUGCGCUCACCUGGCUCGCAUCAACCAUUCGUGCACGCCCAAUACGUACUGGCGCUGGGAUACGCGGACGUAUGCCGUUCAUCUGUAUGCGGCACGGCCAAUUGCGGAGGGCGAGCAACUCAGCAUCCCUUACGUGCCUUUGCUUGCUCCACAGGAGAAGCGCGCGGACCAGUUGCUCGACCGAUACAUCUUCCGCUGCACUUGCCCCUCUUGCACCGGAUCGCGGGCUGUUCGCGCCGCAUCGGACGCUCGUCGCGCAACGUUGAAGAACUUCGUCGACACCGCGCACAAGCACGCUGAGGGUCCGCUCAACGGUGUCAGCAGCAAGGCCGUCGCUCAAGCCGCGAAAGACGCUCAAGCGGAGCAGUACUUCUUCGCAGACGUGUGGAGCCCCAUCUUCCGUUAUGCGACGCGUUCGGCUCUCGCGCUCGGAGAUGCGCAAAGCGCAUCAAUGUGGGCGAAGCGCGCUGCCAAGCUCACCCGCGUCGUCACCGGCUCGGACGGCGGGUGGAUGAGCGUCGCGAUGGCUCCUCAGUCUAUGCCUGGCUGGGGCCGCAUGUCCGCUCCUGGCGCUGACGCCGUCGGUCUCGCGCGCGUUGUCGAGGCGAUGCAGGACUUGCAGUUCUGA